UCCGAGAAGUCAACACGAGAAUGACGGUAUCCUAUCUUCCAAACGAUUUGGAAUCUGAGAUACUCUUUAGGGUUCCGGCAAAAUCUCUAUCGAGAUUGAAAACGACAUGCAAACGAUGGUACGCUCUAUUCAGAGAUCCGAAGUUCGUGGUGAAGAACAAGAAAUUAGGUAGAGCUGUAAGAGAGACGAUUUUACAGACCUAUGACGGUGAUGUUUAUUCAGUCGCCGGAGAUCUCCACAAUACCGUUGUCAAUACACCUGUCCAGGUCUCAGGUAAACUUACAAGUCUAAAGGGUUCAAAUGAUUUGAACUUCUCUGAGAUAUUUCACUGUAACGGUUUAAUGUUGUGCUCUGCAAAUGGAAAUGAUAGACUUGUGGUUUGGAACCCAUGUACUGGCCAAACGAGGAAUAUCAAAGCAAGAACUUGUUUCCAGACUAAUUUAACCUAUGCUCUAGGAUACAGCAGAUGUUCUUCUUCUUCUUCUGGCCAUGUCUACAAAAUCUUGAGGUGUUUCGAUUAUCGAAACGAUCAGGAAGAGUGGGUUCCUCAGUGUGAGAUCUAUGAGCUUAGAUCUGAUUCUUGGAGGGUUCUCGAUUCCUUCCCUCUUCACUACAUCAUGUUUCGGGAUGGCAUAUCUUUGAAAGGAAACACUUAUUGGGUUGCUGGAGAUAACGAAAGUGGUUAUUUCUUGCUCAAGUUUGAUUUCACCACAGAGAUAUUUGUGCGUCUCCCUCUUCCGAUUCCGAUUCAGACAGAGAGAUUUGUGAGUAGAUUUGUUCUUUCAGUUGUCAGGGAUGAAAAGCUCUCGGUGUUACAAAUUGUGGACAAUUCAGAUGUCAUGUUAUAUGGCUGGUCAAAUGUGAUGAGAAUAUGUGUGAGCAAUAAAAUUAGUGAGGAUGCUAAUAAAGACUUGUCGUGGAGAAGCGACUUGUUCUUGGAAGUUGAUUUUGAUAACUAUAACAUGUAUUUCCGAAGCUUCUUGUUGGACGAGGAGAAUAAAGUGGCAUUACUGUGUUGUUCUAUAGAAAUGGUAACAGAUGAUUCUACGACCAUAAUAUACAUUAUUGGAGAGGACAUGCUUAAAGAAGUUUAUAGAUGUACUAUAGAGGAAUCUCGUUCCAACUCCCCCCUUGUCAUCACUUAUGUUCCAAGCUUGGUUCACAUUUAGAAAAGAGGGCAAAUAAAUGGAGGUUAGCCCUUAAAUGAAUUACUUUCUUUUUUAGGUGUUGGCGAUCUUCUGGUUUGUACGUACUUUUGGCUGAUGCUUGAUAAUGAUUUUUUCCGUUCCUCUUUUUUUUUCUCUGUGCUUUUGGGUAUUGUUCAAGUACAUUGUAAAUUCUGCUUAUAGCCAUGUUCACUUCCAGUGUUUGAUU